AUGUCUUUCAAAUCUCAAUACGACGGAGCUCCUCAACUUUCCCGUCCGAAUUUGGCUCCAAGUCCUCUGGCUGCAGAAAAUAGUGAACGUUAUAUUCUCAUACUGGUGGAAAAGCUACUUCUGCAGGAUCGGCAGGCCAAACAAUACCAGGGAAUGUUGGAGUCUAGAAUCUAUAAUGAUUCUGCCGCUUACUUAAAGCUUCGCUCCUAUUGCAACGAGCUUGAAAAGCUCAAUGCUGGACUCGGGGUUAAGCAAGGCGACUAUGAAAGAUCUCUGCGUCGCGUCUCGGAAGCGUGCCAGGGCAUGGCACGCGACCUUGCAUUAGAGAGAACUCGAUCGAAAGAACUUUCAGAACAUCUGAAUGAAAUCUACCCGAGUCUCGAGGCUUUGCUUACAAAUGUAAAGUCAGAAUCGUCUCAGCGCUGUGGAACCAGUACCUUUCAAGCGCUUCAGCAAGAGAAUCACUAUCAACGAGGACUAAUUGCUUGCCUCCAGUCCACUUUACGCAUGCGGGACGAGAUGAUUGAGGAGCUGCAAAUCUCAUUAGACGAUGCUAUUCAGGGGACUUUGAGCAGGAAUGGAGAUGAGACUCCGCGGCAAUCAAAGCCCCAAACAUGGAGUGGCGGUGAUUCCGAUGGCUCUGUUGAAAUCAUCACAGAGACCCCAAAAGAGGAGCCAAUGGAGCUAUGA